AUGACACCUAGUGAGAGAGGCGAGGGGGAGUACAAGUACAGGUUUGAUACUUGCACGUUGACCUUUCAAUCCACCGGCAUCGGUAAUCAAGGUCCAUAUGCAGUGCAGCUGGAGAUGGAGGACUUCCCCACAGACACCAUCUUACUCAUUCAGAGUGAUGGCCAGGAGACGACGAGGACUCCCAGCGACGCUCUCAGCAAAAUACCUCUGAGGUUUGCUUUCAUUGUGGACCCUGCAGUGCCAUCCUGCACUGAAGGACACUACUUGCCCAGGUUUCUGCUUCCAACCCCAGUAAAUGGAGCUCGGCUCUACGCCUAUAUUAACGAGACUCUGGAAAUCAACAUCUUGGCAGACACAGCCAACUCUGUAAUUACCAAGCUUUUGCUCAGUGGGCCGCAUGGUGUUGUAAACCAACCCAGAGGAUCAGGACAGUUUACUCUGAGUUGGACUCCGUCUGACUUGGAGGAUGGAGAAGACCAUCCCAUCUGCUUCGUAGUGGAGGCAGAGAAUAGGACCAUCCACCACAACUCAACAACCAACAACUUCAACUGUACUGCCUACGACUGCCCUGGAAACUACAGCCGACACUACCCUCGGAACAAAGGAUCAGUAGGUGCCGAGCAGAAGUGCAGAGAUGAAGAAGCUCAGAGAGCAGCGACACUGAGCAUCACUCCCCACAGAUCUCAGUUCUUCUCGUAUGAAACCAUUUCUCUGAAGUGUGAGGCAAACUCCACUGGCUGGACAGUGAGCAGAAGAACUACGACACCUACUCCUCAGAAGUGUGGUCGAGGCUGGGCACUCCCUGUGGAGUCCUCCUGCCUCAUUGAGGACUCGUACAGAUCGGACACUGGAGCGUACUGGUGUCAAUCCACCACGGGGGCAUGCAGCAACACCAUCAACAUCACAGUGACCGAUGGUGUUGUGAUCCUGGAGAGCCCUGCGUAUCCUGUGAUGGAAGGAGACAACGUGACACUUGGUUGCUCCUACAGGAAAGAUGAGCAAUCACCAAUAAAGUCAGACUUCCUUGCUGCCUUCUACAAAGAUGGUGCUUUCAUUGGGAAGGAGAGUUCAGGGAAGCUGACCAUCGAACGCGUGUCCAAGAAGGACGAAGGUUUCUAUAAGUGUCAACACCCCUCAGAAGGAGCGUCACCUCAGAGCCUGCUGACAGUGAGUGUUAGACAUAAGAAUCCAACUGCUUCGACCACUCCUCCUCCUGCUCCUCCUCCUCCUCCUCCCAUAACUUUGACCAGGCUGAUCGGUUUCAUCCUGUUGUUUGUCAUCUACACAGUCAUCCUCAUACUGGCUGUGUACUUGUACCGAAGGUGUGCUCGAGGUAAGAAAACAACUACAAUGGAAAGAUAAAUGUAGAUAUUGAACAAAAUAUGACUUGAAAGCAUUUUCCCUUAGAAAAAAUAGAUUUUAGAUCUACCAGUGUGGGCCAAAUAAAGGAAAUUUGCUGUUUUGUAAAAUCUUGAAACACUGACAGUGUACAUGUUAUGUUUGUGUGCAUGUUAAUGCAAAAGAGUUGACAAAGUCCAAGCGAAACUCACCGCUGUCAUGAGAACUCUGUUCUGAAAACACUUGCCCAGGUUCCCACAAACACGGACACCUGCUGGUUUUUGAAGGGGCAGGUGAAUCCCAAAAUAUUGAAAUACCAACAAACAACAUGGGAGUGAUCAUAUAUGGGAACAGAAGAGAACAGAAGUCAUCCAGAGGUCAGACAGUGCCUUCACACAGACACAAGAUCUGCACCUGCACUUCCCUACCCAAACAAAUUAGAAUCUGUUUGGGUUGGGAUGUGCAUGUGGUGGGGGUCAUAAGAUUAUAAAGGUAGGUAUGGGCUGUCAUUUCAAUGACUGAAUGUCCAACAGG